GCCCCGGAAGCAGAUCCUUCCUGGGUCGCGAGCGGACAUGGCGGCUGCGGCGCUGGCCAGAGCCGUGGCUCUGCCGGCCGGGCGACGGCGGCUCUGGGCUGUCACCGAGCGGCAUCUUCUCGGAGGCGCAGCCCGGCAGUGGAGGAGGUGGAGGAGCACCCAGGCCGCCACUCAGGUGCUGCUGAACGUGCCCGAAACGCGGGUGACGUGUCUGGACAACGGACUCCGGGUGGCCUCCGAAGACUCCGGGCUCUCCACCUGCACGGUUGGACUCUGGAUUGAUGCUGGAAGUAGAUAUGAAAAUGCCAAGAAUAAUGGAACAGCUCAUUUUCUGGAGCAUAUGGCUUUCAAGGGCACCAAAAAGAGAUCCCAGUUAGAUCUAGAACUUGAGAUCGAAAAUAUGGGUGCUCAUCUCAAUGCCUAUACCUCCAGGGAGCAGACUGUGUAUUAUGCCAAAGCAUUCUCUAAGGAUUUGCCAAGAGCUGUGGAAAUUCUUGCUGACAUAAUACAGAACAGCACUUUGGGAGAGGCAGAGAUUGAACGUGAACGUGGAGUAAUCCUUAGGGAGAUGCAGGAAGUUGAAACCAAUUUACAAGAAGUUGUUUUUGAUUAUCUGCAUGCCACAGCUUAUCAAGAUACUGCACUUGGCCGAACAAUUUUGGGGCCAACUGAAAAUAUCAAAUCUAUAAAUCGUAAGGAUUUAGUGGAUUAUAUCACCACACAUUAUAAGGGACCAAGAAUAGUACUUGCUGCUGCUGGAGGAGUUUCACAUGAUGAACUGCUUGAGUUAGCAAAGUUUCAUUUUGGCGACUCUUUGUCUUCACACGAUGGAGAAAUACCUGCUCUGCCUCCCUGCAAAUUCACGGGAAGUGAGAUUCGAUUGCGGGAUGACAAGAUGCCUUUGGCACAUAUUGCAGUUGCCGUUGAAGCUGUUGGUUGGGCACAUCCAGAUACAAUUUGUCUCAUGGUUGCAAAUACACUGAUUGGCAACUGGGAUCGUUCUUUCGGAGGAGGAAUGAAUUUAUCUAGCAAACUGGCUCAGCUCACCUGUCAUGGCAACCUCUGUCAUAGCUUCCAGUCUUUCAAUACUUCGUACACAGACACAGGACUGUGGGGAAUUUAUAUGGUCUGUGAACCAGCCACUGUUGCAGACAUGCUACAUCUUGUUCAGAAAGAGUGGAUGCGACUCUGUACAAGUGUCACUGAAAGUGAAGUUGCUCGGGCCAGAAAUCUGCUGAAAACAAACAUGCUAUUGCAACUAGAUGGUUCUACUCCAAUAUGUGAAGAUAUUGGCAGGCAGAUGCUAUGCUAUAAUAGAAGAAUUCCCAUCCCUGAGCUUGAAGCAAGAAUUGAUGCUGUAAACGCUGAGACAAUUCGAGAAGUGUGUAUGAAGUAUAUUUAUGAUAAAAGCCCAGCUGUUGCUGCUGUUGGUCCCAUCGAGCAUCUACCAGAUUUUAACCAGAUUCGCAGCAACAUGUGCUGGCUUCGUGAUUAAAAUGCUUCUAGUCAAGAUAAUAUGUAAUGUAGUUUAAUGUGUAUGUAGCUUUUAAGUUAUUAUUUCUAAAUUUCAAUUUUUUAGAUACUGUGUAAAACUUUUAGAGGAUAAUCUAUUAUAGGAAAUAGCAUAUUUUCAAAUUACCAUAAAGUAUAAUUUUA